CUUUCAAACCUUUUCCCUUCAAAGUUCCCAAGUUCUUUCAUCAAUGGCCGACCAACUGUCUAGGGUUAGUAAUUCCCACAUUAAAUAUUCUUUUACAUAUGAUAACGUGUCCCAUCCAUAGAUAGACAAAGGAAUUGGAUUUUUAUUUUCUUUUAUUGGGAAGGUGAGGUGCAGGAAUCCAGACCACAUCCCACCCUCUAUAAGAAGCCUUUACCAUUUCCUCUCAUUUCCAACAACAUUUUCAGCUUUUUUGCUUUCUAUUGUGCCACUCCAAAAGAUAUCAAAGAGAGAGUAAAACAAAGGAGAGACUUCAACAUGAAGAUCAGCUUAAGCAGUAGCUCUAGUGGUGCAGCAGCCAUGGGAGAGUCCAAGAAGAAGGUUUCAUGCAGAAAGCUAGGAGGGUAUCUCAGACAACAAAAAGGCAGGCUAUACAUUAUCAGAAGAUGUGUGGUUAUGCUCCUUUGCUGGCAUGACUAAAUUUGCUGCAAACUUGGGACUCAAGGAUUAAUGUCAUGAGUCUAAGCAUUUUUGCAGCAAAUUUAAACUUCUUGUUUUCCGACUGUAAAUAUAGCAGAAGAGAAUCAUAUGUAGCUUAGGGCUUUAGUGAGGUUCUCCUACCUUUUAGCUGCUUUUUAGACUACAAAGUUUCCUUUGUUAAAUCAGAUAAAACCUAAACUUAUCCAUAUUUACAUUAUAUAUAAAAAGUU